AUGCUAGACUUUCCCAACGGGACCACCACCACCAGUUCCGUCGGUGUGAUGAGUUUCCUCAGCUCCAGUGCGGCCUUCCUCGAUGAGCUGGGUGCGACCAACGGUGGUGGGCUGUUGCUGGCGGCUGGAAAUUCUUCACCUGCCAGUGGAAACGUCUCUACGCUAGGCAACUACUCGACGGUGGUUAAUGCGUCCUCGUCACCCGCCACUAUGCUUUCGUUAGGUAGUGCAAAUGGAUCGGUUGCACCGCUGCUUACUACGGCCCUGCUGAACGUGAACGGUACGGGGUUGGAAUUUCCCGACGGUAGCAAUCUAACACACUCGUUCACCAACUUCGUGCACAAGGAGUUCAUAUUCGAUCGGACGGACGUGCGGGUCAUAUUCAUAACGCUCUACUCGCUGGUGUUUUGUUGCUGCUUCUUCGGGAACUUGCUCGUGAUUCUAGUGGUGACGCUCUCCAGAAGGUUACGCUCGAUAACAAAUUUCUUCCUCGCGAACCUGGCCGUUGCCGACCUGUGUGUUGGGGUGUUUUGCGUGAUGCAGAACCUUACUAUCUACUUGAUCGAAAGCUGGGUGUUUGGUGACUUCCUCUGCAAGAUGUACCAGUUCGUGCAUUCGCUCAGCUACACCGCCUCGAUAUUCAUCCUGGUCGUCAUCUGCAUGGAGCGCUACUUUGCCAUCAUUCAUCCGAUCACGUGCAAGCAGAUCCUCACAUCGCGCCGGCUCAGGCUGGUCAUCGUGGCCGUUUGGAUAACGUCCGCCGUCUAUUCCAUCCCGAAGUUUAUCUUCGUACGCACCAUCACGAACAACCUCGGCGAUGACCAGCUGGAAACGAUCUGCAUCGUCAACCGGAAAAUGUUCAACUCCGAGCUGUUCGACAUCAUCAACUUUGCCCUGCUGUACCUACUGCCGCUUCUGGUUAUGACGGUCCUGUACAGCCGAAUAGCGAUAGCGCUGUGGAAAAGCUCACGGGGGCUGGAGCGUCACAUUGCGCUGCAAAACACGACCUCGUCGAGCUACUCGAGCAAUUUCCACCGGAAGCCAAGCAGCAAGUACGACAAGCGAACCACAGGUGUCACCGAAAGCCAGGUAUCGGUGGAGUCGGAUAAGGUGGUGGUUACUACCUGGCCGGCACAGAACAGCUUCCACCAACGGCACGGUACCCAGCUGACGCAGGUGUCCCAUUCGUCCAACAACGUGCUGCGGGCUCGCCGUGGCGUUAUUCGCAUGCUGAUGGUGGUGGUGCUCACUUUCGCCCUCUGUAACUUGCCGUUUCAUGCGCGGAAGAUGUGGCAAUACUGGUCUACCGACUAUAAGGGUGACUCAAACUUUAAUGCGCUCUUCACUCCGCUCACCUUUCUGGUGACGUACUUCAACUCUGGCGUCAAUCCGCUCCUGUACGCGUUCCUGAGCCGCAACUUUCGUAAAGGCAUGCGUGAACUGUUGCUGUGUUCCUUUAAGAAGAACAAAAACAAAUCGCUCAACCAACGCAUCCCGCUCCACCGACCACGGUCCAUCCUAGUGCUGCUGCGGCAUGCCAUGCUUUGCUGGGCCACGGACAAACCGACCGUCUCCAUUACGACGCAUUGUCCUUCGCCGACCACCCGCUCGCUCGAUGGCGUCGACGAGCGGAUGCUGUGA